AUGCCAAUGGAACUGAGAAAACGCAAGGCUCCAGCCGCCCCUCCACCACCUCCUCCCGCCCCCAAGAGGAAAGCCACCGGUCCCAAGAAGGAGAAGAAGGCUGAACCUGUCGAAGAACCAAAGCCCGUCGUCGAGAAGAAGGCCGCCGCUCCCAAGAAGGUAGCCGUUACCAAGAAGGCUAAGGCUGCAGACAAGGCUGAGGUUACCACUGAGGCGCCAGCUGACGUUGCAGCCGACCCUGAAGUCCUCCCUGAGGCGCCUGUUGAGGAAGCAUCGUCUUCGAAGGCUAAGCCUGCUGCUAAGGGGAAGGCCAAAGAGACUAAAGCUAAGGCCGAGCCUGCUAAGAAAGAAGCUAAGAAAGAGACUAAGAAAGAAACUAAGAAAGAAGACAAGAAGGAGGAGAAGAAGGAGGAGAAAAAAGAGGAGAAGAAGGAAGAGAAGAAGGAAGAGAAACCAGCCAAGGAGAAGAAAGCCGCCGCCCCCAAAGAAAAGAAAGAAACCGAAAAGACCCCUUCCGCAAAGGAGAAGAAGGAAGCUGAAAAGGCUGCUUCAGCAAAGGAGAAGAAGGAAGCUGAGAAGCCCGCAGCUGAGAAGGCAUCUUCCAAGGUGAAGAAGGAAAAGGCCGAACUCGCCAAACCAGCUGAAGAAAAGGCCGAGCCAUCCGCUGACAAGAAGGAGAAGAAGGCCGCUGCACCGAAAGCUAGCGCUUCUAAGUCGGCUACUGCGACCCCAGCCCCUGCUGCUCCAGUUGAGCUCAAGAUCGGAGACGCCAUUCCUACCGGUCUUCCAGAACUCAGCAACCAAGCUGGGGAAAAAGUUACUCUCGAUGCUCUCCUCGAGUCCAGCAAAACCGGUGUUGUUAUCUUCGCUUACCCACAAGCUUCUACCCCCGGGUGCACCAAGCAAGCUAUUGCAUUCAAUGGCUCCAAAGACACCUUCGAAGCUCAGGGAUAUUCCAUCUUUGGUAUCAGUGGUGACAAACCAGAGAAGAACCUCAAGUUCAAGGAAAGCCAAAAACUUACCUACCCACUCCUCUCUGAUACUACCUACGAACUCCACGCCAAAUUUGGUAUCGCAAAGCCUGGCGGUAAGGGAACUCUCCGCAGCGUGAUAGUGAUCAGCAAGGAUGGUAAGGUUGUUUCUAUUAAGAAAGCCGGUCCAGAAGAGACCUUGAAGAUCGCCAAGGCUGCAUGUGGUAUCACUGAGGAAAAGAAGGGAUCGACUUCCGCCGCUGCCGCCCUCGAAAAGGCGGAAGAGAAGAAAGAAGCCGAGGCCGAGGCCGAAUCUUCGAAGCAAGCAACCGUUGAGGAAGCUCCUGAUGCUUCUGCUUAA